AUGGACCCUUCAACAGAGAAAGAAAGCAUCGAGCGUUUGGAAGAGAAGGACAUCCCUCUCUCAUCAAUUGACUACGUCGAAGACCCAGCAGCAGAGCGCCGUAUCACGAGGAAACUCGACCUCCACAUCCUUCCGUGGAUCUUUGCGUUGUGGUUGUUAGCCUUCAUCGACAGAUCCAAUAUAGGCAACGCCAAACUCGACGGCCUGAUCGAUGACCUCCACCUCGAUGGGGACAAGUAUAAUGUUGCUCUUACGGUGUUCUACAUCCUCUACGUCCUGAUCGACAUUCCUAGCAACUGGCUAUUGAAAGUCGUAGGCGGAGGGCGGUACCUCCCAAUCCUCGCAGCGGCAUGGGGUAUCGUAGGAACGUGCAUGGGCGCGGUGAAGUCCUAUGGCGGGCUGAUCGCCUGUCGAUUGUUGCUGGGGGCUUGCGAGGGUGGGAUGUUCGGCGGCAUAAUCCUCUACCUCAGCAUGUUCUACAAACGCCACGACCUCAUGUUCCGCCUCGGCGUCUUCUACUGCGCCGCGCCCCUCUCAGGAGCCUUUGGCGGUCUCCUCGCCACUGGUCUCGCGCAGAUCCACUAUCAUGGAUACAAUGGCUGGCCGUGGAUCUUCUUCGUCGAAGGCUCCAUUACCGUCCUCGUGGCUGUCGUUGCGUUCUUUUUCCUGCCGAAUACGCCUGGAGCCGCGAAGUUCUUGAGUGCGGAGGAGCAGGUUUUGGCGGCGAGGAGGUUAAGGGUUGAUCUGAGCGGUGCGGCGGCGACGGAGAGGGUGGAGGAGGAGAAGUUCAAUUGGAGAGAAGUCCGCUUCGCCCUUCUAAACAUCAACACAAUCGCCAUGUCGAUCAACUUCUUCCUCAUCCUGAUCCCCAUCUACAGCUUCAGCCUGUUCCUGCCCACGAUCAACAGGAGUUUCACAAGCAAUACUGUCACCGCACAACUCUAUACCGUGGCGCCCAACUUCCUCGGCUUCCUCACUGUGCUUGCCUUCGCGUGGACGAGUGACCGGUUCAAGAUGCGAGGACCGUUCAUCCUCGUGGGGCUCCUCCUGGCUGCGGUGGGGUAUAUCAUGGAGUUGGCAUCCGAGGACAAUGCUGUCAAGUACGCGGGGACGUUUUUCGUUGCUGCUGGGGCGUUUCCUUGUUCGCCGCUGGUGUUGGCGUGGUUGUCGAAUAACCUCGCGCCACACACAACCAAAGCAACAGGUCUAGGUUUCCAAGUCGCCUUUGGGAACUGCGGCGCCUUCGUCGCAACAUUCACCUACCUCUCCACCGACGCGCCGAAAUACAUCACCGGCCACGCCAUCAAUCUCGGCGCCAUCGGCCUCGCGCUCCUCCUCACAGCCGCCAACAUCGCGUACAUUCGGUAUGAGAAUAUGGCGAGGCAGAGCGGGAAGCGGGGGUAUCGACUGCAGAUGGUGGAGGAUGAGAGUCAAUUGGGAUUUCUGCAUCCAGAAUUUCGAUAUACGAUGUAG